AAGACCGCGAGCUAGACCGUGAGCUGGAAAUGCAUCUCAAAAAAUACAAUGAUAUGCUAGCAUCAAACGGGUAUGAAGGAGAAUGCAUCAGCAUUGGCAGUAGUAGUCAUAAAAGUGGCCCGGUCUGGGAUCUCAUUCCUGGGGCCCGGGAAAACAUGUUCCCACACCAGAGGGAAGGCUGAAUUUAUGUGGACCAAACUGGCAGGGGGCACUGACAUUGAACAGGUGAAGAAACUGAGAACUGAUCUAAGUGGCUGUGUGGUCUCUCACGCACCAGGGACGGGGAAGACCAGGUUAGCAAUCACAUUUGUCCAAUCUUACCUCGAGCUUUUCCCGCGGUGUUGCCCGGUGAUCCUUGCUCCCAAGGGGAUGUUGGCCACAUGGGAACAGGAGUUCAAAAAAUGGAAUUCCAAGGUCCAAUUUCAUGUGCUGAAUUCUCCCCGUAUCCAGCGGAAUGGAGGAGACAAGACCAUCGAAAGACUGGCCGCGGAUGAUGAAGAUCUCACCCGGAAGCUGUUGGGCAGGAAAUUCAGUCGAAACCUGAAGUUGCUAUCGUGGUCUGAGGGUAACAGCGUGAUAGGUCUCAGUUACACGCUGUUCACGAACCUCACCAAAGAAGGAGGCAGUGGCAAGAUGAGGAAGCUGUUUCUUGAAAGGCCUGACCUGCUGGUCCUUGAUGAGGGACACAUACCGAGGAAUAAGGAUAGUUUGAUUUAUAAAGCUCUUGAUCAAGUUCGUACUCGAAAGAGAAUUGUUCUAUCAGGGACUCCGUUUCAAAACAACUUUGAUGAGCUUCACAACAUCUUUAGCCUGCUACGAGCUGAUGAUGUUGAUCCGAGUUUCUGGAAUUCUUUGACAGUAAACAACGUCACGGUUAAAAGGAUUAAUGAGAUCCGACCAAAGUUGGAGCGUUUUGUGCACAUCCAUAAUGGUGACAUACUUAAUAAAUCCCUUCCAGGGUUGAGAGAAUCUGUUGUGAUUCUGAAUCCUCUGCCUAUGCAGAAGAAAAUCAUCGAAAUGAUCGAGAAGGUUAAGACAAAAAGCGCUUUCUGGCUUGAACACAAGAUAUCUCUUGCGUCUGUACAUCCAUCCCUACUCACUAGCAUGAGCAAUUUGCCAGACGAAAUAGCAUCUAUUGUGGACGAGCCUUCACCGGAGAGGAUACGGUUGAAUCCAUCUGAAGGAGUCAAGGCGAGAUUCGUUUACGAGAUGGUGCGUCGAUGUCGUCGUUCAAAAGAGCGAGUGCUUGUGUUCAGCCAGUAUCUUGAACCAUUGAACCUAAUCAUGGAACAGCUGAGCAUGGAGUUCAAUUGGACUAGAGACAAGGAUAUCAUGCUGAUGACUGGAGAUGUCAGGGUUGAAACUCGCCAAUCCUUGAUGACCGCCUUCAAUGACAUGAACAGCGAUGCCAAGGUAAUGCUCGCCAGCACAAAAGCCUGUGGUGAAGGCAUACAGCUUAUUGGGGCAUCACGUGUGGUGCUCCUUGAUGUUGUGUGGAAUCCUUCCGUCGGAAGGCAGGCAAUUGGACGAGCAUAUAGAAUCGGCCAACAGAAGAUUGUCCAUACGUACAACCUAAUCACAGAAGGAACACAAGAGAAGAGCAAGUAUGACAGACAAGCUAAAAAAGACCACAUGUCCAAGCUGCUGUUUUCAAAUGAGUCACAGCUGCCUGCACAGUCCAACGAGUCACCAGAAUCUAUUUUCAAUGACAGUAUUUUGGAACAUAUGACUGAAGAUGAAAAUCUGAAAGAGAUGUUUGUGAACAUUCUCCCGUCGCAGUGACUGUCAAACUGAUAGAUCUCUGUGUAGAGAGCCGUAAACCCCAUGGUGAAGAAAAAUCCAUAGGUAUGCAUCUGCAAGAGGAGAGUGAUGGGAGACCCUGUCUGUACCAGAUAAAUGCUAACGAAAUGUUGUUGUAUCGACUUACCGAGAUGCUCGAAGGAUGUUUUGUUUUCUGAAGGCUUGUAGCCUGUCCCUAAACCUGCAACAGCAGAGGGAUGAAUUGUUUUGUUUUGUUUGACUUUUCAGUGAUUACCGAUUAGUCCAAUCCCUCUUGAUAGAAAGGGAAUUCAAACUGAAUUUAGAAUCCCUUCCCGUCCUAAAGGAUAGCCCUGAUUCUCUGAAUCUGAACUUGUCAUACUGCACUAUAAUAAGAUCUCUUUGUGAACCUGCGGAUGGUGUUGUCGUCUGCAUUUCUGUUAUAAUACUGAAUUCCGGUAAAACGAAUUUGCUUGCUUGUUAAAUUCCCAUUAUCAGUUACUAGUUUUUUUUUACAAAUGCAGUCAGUCACUUUCAUCAGAUUGAGCAAGGAGAGUGCAAGAGAAAAGAGGGCAUCAAAAGGAUGCUCGAAAUGAAAGAACUAAGACUAAGGAAAGAGGAAACAAAAAUAGGAAAGAAAACAUCAGGUAGUAAUUAAGGUGCAUGUAAACUGACUCGUCCAAGAGACUUUAGAGGCCUUCGAUUUAGAAGAGUUAGCAUGCAUCACUGAUCAGGGUAGAAUGAGCUAAACAUUGGCAGAUUAUAGAAACCAUCCCCUUAAGGCCCACAGAUUUCCAUGAGGUGAUGUCAUCUUUGAUCGGUUGGAAAGAGGCCAGGGGAAUGAUGAGCCACCUUGCAGAAAGUGAGAUCGUUCCUCUAAUUCAAUAUUUUUUGAGGGAAACCGUGAGCUUUAUUGAUUAUAAAAUAAUACUUUUACAAUCUUU